AUGAGUUGCAUGGAUUUGAAGCAAACAAAUAUUCAUGAUAUUACUGAAAAAGAAAAUGAAGGUAAAGAAAAUAUAUUAGUAGAAUCUAAUAAGAAGAUGGGGAACGAUGAGAAUAGGAAAUGGGAAAGGUUCAAUAAGAAUAAUCGAAGCAAUACUAAUAGCGAAUUAUAUAACCAGAAAAAUUUAAUGAAAAUGAACUCUAAUCAUAAUAAUAAUUGUGAAGAUAAAGAUAAUGAUUGGAGCUAUUUGAGAAGUGGAGCGAAUACAAGUUUUCGUAAUUCCAUUAAGAAUAAUGAGAAUUUGAUUUUUCCAGCAAAUAAUAAAAAAGAUAAUGGAAUGGAACAAGAAUGUUGGAGAUCUAAUAAAAAAUUUGAUGAUAUGAAUAAUAGAAAUAAUAGUUUGAACAAUAAUGAUAUGAAUACUAAUAAUAUGAAUAAUUCAGAUAAUUCAAAAUUAAGUUUUAGUAGGAAUUUUAAAAAUAGUUUUAAUAAAGGUAUGAAUAGGAAUAAUUCUGUUACUGGAAAUAUAAAAGGAAUUAAUAAUAAGAAUUAUAAUUACAUGAAUAAUAAUCAAGAAAAUGGUACAAAUAAUAAUGAUAUGAAUGUAAAUGAUCAAAAUAAUUAUAGUGGUAUAUUUAAUAACAAUUUUACAAAUUUAAACAAUAAAGCUUUUUAUAAAAAUAUGAAUAAAAAUAACAAAUUUAAUAAAACUAAUAAUCGCAAUAAUAAUAAUAACAAUAAUAAUAACAAUAACAAUAAUGAUGAUGGUAAUAUUAAUUAUCAAAAUACCAACGAAUUUAUUAAAGACAAUAAAAAAAAUAUCAACUUUAAAAAUCAAUAUAAUAAUAAUUAUAAAUUUGAUGAAAAUAUGAAUAAUUCUUAUACGAUGCAUAAUAGAAAUUCAAAUGUAGAAGAACAUCUAAGAAAUAAUUCUAUCGAUAUGAAUAAUUCAAAUAUAAAUAAUUAUAAUAAUCAACAAACAAGAUUUUCUUCUUUUAUGGAAAACGAAAACGAAAAUGAAAAUAAAAAUUAUCAUACAGGAGGAAUGAAUAAUAAUAUACCCUUUAAAAAUAAAUACGACAAUAAUAAUAGUUCUAUGAAAAAUACAGAUAAUAAUAAAACAGACACAUCAUAUAAUAUGAAAGGAACUAUUAAUAAUGACAAUAAUAAUAUGGAUUAUUUAAGAAAUAUUAAUAAUAUUAAUGAAUAUAAAGGUUCGGCAAAAAAUAAAUUUUACACGAAUUAUAUGAAUAAGAAUAAUUUAAAAUUUACCCAAAAUAAUAAUGAUAAUAUGAACACUAACGAAGAUAAUAAUAAUAAUAAUAAUAAUAAUAAUAAUAAUAAUAAUGGGGUUUUUUCAAAUUAUCAAAAUAAUAAUAUGAAUAGAAAUAAUAGUAUAAACAUGAAGAGAAACCUUAACAAUAACAAUAAUCUUAAUAAUAAUAUGAAUAAAAUGGGCUCUCAAGAUAAAAAUCAAAAUUCAAAUAAUAACUUUUAUAUGAAUUAUAAUUAUCAAAAUAGAAAAAAUAGUAUGAACAAUAAUAUGAAAAAUAACAUGAAUAAUAACAUGAAUAAUAAUAUGAAUAAUAAUAUGAAUAAUAAUAUGAAUAAUAAUAUGAACAAUAAUAUGAACCAUAAUAUGAACAAUAAUAUGAACCAUAAUAUGAACCAUAAUAUGAACCAUAAUAUGAACAAUAAUAUGAACAAUAAUAUGAACAAUAAUGUAAAUAAUUACUCCAAUAUAAAUAGUUUGGAUAGUGAUAUGAGUCCAAAUUAUCAUGCCCAUGUUAAAAUGAGUAUGAUGAAUUAUAAUAAUAAUGAAUCUAACGCAGCUAAUCCUAACCAAAUGAAUUUUGAACAAACUAAUAAUGAUAAUAUGAAAAGGGAAAAUAACAAUAUGAAUAAUUAUGGUUAUGAUGAUAACACAGUACAUGUAAAUAAUAAUACUCCUUCAACUGAUUUUUUUAGUAGAGCGGUUGGUUAUAAUAAUAACUAUUUAAAUAACAAUAAUAACAUGAAUAGUGCUGUUAAUAAUAAUUCCUCUAAUGGAAACAAUAUGAAAAAUGAAAAUAGUGAAAAUAAAAAUGUUGCAGAUAGUAACGAUAGCCUAAACAACAAUAAAAAUAAUAACAAUAAUAUUAAUAUGAACGAAAGUAUUAACAAUAAUAAUACUUUAAAUAAUAAUAAUGAAUAUAAUAACCAAAAUAACAAUGAAGAUGAAGAUGACGACGACUGGGGAGAAUUAGGAGAGGACAAAUACAUAGACAUAAAUUCAAUUAUGAAGAAAAAGAAUGUUAUUUUAAAUCAACUCGAGGCAGAUUUAAAUGAUUUGUCAAAAAAAGGAAAUGACGGAAAAAAUAAAAAAAAGAAUAAAAUGAAAAAAGAUGAUUUGUUUGUAUUGCCACAUACAAAUACCUUACUAGUAGAUAAGAAAAAAAAUAAAAAGAAUAAAAAUAAAAAUGCAAAGAAUAAUAAUACAAAUAGUAGUAACAAUAACAACAACAAUAACAACAACAAUAAUAAUAAUAAUAAUAACAAUAAUAAUAAUAACAAUAGUAAUAUUUUGAAGAAAGACAAUGAUGCAAAUGAUAAAAAUUCAAAACAAAUUGUUAAUACUAGUGGAGUAAAUAAAAAGAAAGGAAAAAAAACAGGAGUUGAAGCAAAUAGUAAAAACGUAGAACAAAAAGGAGAUACUAAAACAUCCACUAAAGUAGAUGAAGAAGUAAAAACGGAUGAGGUAAAUAAUAAGCAAAAGGAUUUAGUUGAAGAUAAAAAUGCAAAUAAUGUAAACGAUGUUGACACAAAACCUGAUGGAGAGGAUGAUAACAAUAAUAAUAAUAAUAAAGGAGAAGAAGAUAAUAAUAAAGAAAAAAAAGAAGAUGAUAAUACUGUUGCUGAAAAGCCAGCAAAAGCUUUAUACGUUUUUAAAAAAAAAGAAAAUAUGUCACCUAUAGAAUAUAUGGAAAGACAAGUAAAAAGCUUGCUUAAUAAAUUAACUGUAGAAAAUUUCCCGAUUAUUACAGAAAAAAUGUGUCAAAUUAUGGAAUCUCGAUUAAAUACUGAUGAAAUACAAACUGUAGUAAAUCAAGUUAUUGAUAAAGCUGUAUUAGAACAUGAUUGGUCAGAAAUGUAUGCAGAUUUAUGCCAAACAUUAAAAUGGAGAUCACCAAACUUUGAAAUGAAAAAAAAAACUUCCUUUGAAAUUGCAUUAUUAAAAAAAAUACAAGAACAAUAUGAAAACUUACCAAGUACAUUUGAAUCUACUAUGAAAGAAAAAUUAAAAAGUGAUGAAAAUGAGGAAGAAUUAAGUUUUGUUGAACAAAAACAAAAAAAAAGAUUAUUAGGAAUUGUAAAAUUAAUAGGAGAAUUAUUUCAAAGACAAAUUGUUUCUAUAUCUAUUGUUAUUAGUAUAGCACAUGAUUUAUUGAUUGCAUAUGAAGAACCAAAAGAAUAUUGUAUUGAAGCAUUUCUUCAACUAAUUUAUUCUACUGGAUUUUUUAUAGACAAAAUUGAAAAAUAUAAAAAUGUUUUAGAUACCUGGUUUGGUAGGUUAAAAGAAUUACAAAGAAAAAAAAUGUACUCUAAAAGAAUCAAAUUUGUUAUUCAAGAUGUUUUUGAUUUAAGAUCAUCUGAAUGGAGAAAAAAAACACACAAAGAUACAGCCAAGGGAUUAAAUGAAUUAAGAUCCCAAUUAGAAACUGAAGAAAUGAUGGGAGGUUCUAUACAUUUAGCUCAACUUGGUAAUAUUGUUAUUGUAGGAGAAAGACAUAAUUUAAGAAAUAAUGAAUCCUAUUCAAAAUAUAUGCAAGAACAAGAAAAACUGAGUAAACAAAAUCAAAAAAAAUAA